CUGGGCUGCUGGCCCCUCCUUUGGCGGGGGCGCGCGGCGCCGAGGACCGCACGGAGACGGGGAAGUCAGGUGGCCGCUGCCGCCGCCGUUACCGCCGUGGUUUGUCGCCAGAAGGAAAAUGGCGGAUCUGGAGGAGCAGUUGUCUGAUGAGGAGAAGGUACGUAUUGCAGCAAAAUUCAUCAUUCAUGCCCCUCCUGGAGAAUUUAAUGAGGUGUUUAAUGAUGUUCGGUUACUACUUAAUAAUGAUAAUCUUCUCAGGGAAGGAGCAGCCCAUGCAUUUGCACAAUAUAACUUGGACCAGUUUACUCCAGUAAAAAUUGAAGGUUAUGAAGAUCAGGUAUUGAUAACAGAACAUGGCGACGUGGGAAAUGGAAAGUUUUUGGAUCCAAAAAACAGAAUCUGUUUCAAAUUUGAUCACUUAAGAAAAGAGGCAACUGAUCCAAGACCAUAUGAAGCAGAGAAUGCAGUUGAAUCAUGGAGAACUUCGGUAGAAACCGCUCUACGAGCUUAUGUAAAAGAACAUUAUCCAAAUGGGGUCUGCACUGUAUAUGGUAAAAAAAUAGAUGGACAGCAAACCAUUAUUGCAUGCAUAGAAAGCCAUCAGUUCCAAGCAAAAAAUUUUUGGAAUGGUCGUUGGAGGUCAGAGUGGAAGUUUACGAUCACUCCUUCAACUGCUCAAGUGGUUGGCAUCUUGAAAAUUCAGGUUCAUUAUUACGAAGACGGUAAUGUUCAGCUAGUGAGUCAUAAAGAUAUACAAGAUUCCCUAACAGUGUCUAAUGAGGUGCAAACAGCAAAAGAAUUUAUAAAGAUUGUAGAAGCUGCAGAAAAUGAGUAUCAGACUGCCAUCAGUGAAAAUUAUCAGACAAUGUCGGACACUACUUUCAAAGCCUUACGUCGACAGUUGCCAGUGACACGCACUAAGAUUGAUUGGAACAAGAUUCUUAGCUACAAGAUUGGCAAAGAGAUGCAGAACGCAUAAGAUGAACAUUGCAUGAUCGGAUCAUUUUAGUGUCUUUGCAUUAAAAAAAAAAAAAAUCAUUGCAAAAGUAUUCAGAACUGUCAAGCUACCCAGUCAGAUGGGCUGUUGCCAUUUAAAAAUCACUGUAAUUAGUUUGGUUAGAGCACAAAGCUUAGCUAAUCAACCAUUAUUUUUCAUUUCUUUUGUUCAAAGAGGAUUGAAAAUCAUUUUAGUUUAAAUGUCUCUCAUCUUCUGUUAGGCCUCUCUUACAAUGAAGAGAUGAUUCCUCUAGUUUACUGUUAAAAGUUUUUGAAGUGUUUCAGAAAUAUUUUACUUACCAUAACCCUGAAAUUGUUGUCUUUUGGUUUAUGAAGUGUAACUUUUGAUAUUUGUCAAAUUCUUUUUAAUGGGGUCAAUAAUGGACAUUCUAGUUUAAGGUGGUUGAUGGAUUUAGCCAUAUAUGCUGCUAAAGAAAUUGUCUACCUUUUCCGAACCCUUGAGGGAAAGCAUUUUCUAUAUGAAUUGUGUUUAAAGCUUCCAAGAAGGUUAUUUAGCUAGCUUAGUGUUUAACUAAACUUUUUUAAACAAGGCCAAGGUCUAAUGUAGUUUUGAGAUUCUGGAAUUAAAUGAAAAAACAUUUCAGAAAUGCUUUUAAUGCUUUUUUCUUGUGAUAGUUAUGCAAAUUAGCUUGAAUUCCAUAUGCCCCUGAGUUAUUUUUAUCAUAAAGCCACAACUGUAUUAUAACAAGGCAAAUUGUAAUAUAUAUUAAUCCUGAACUCAUGACUAUGUCUCAGUUGAUUUUUUUUUUCUUGGAUUGAAAAGUACUGAAAUUCAGUGUGACAUUAAAAUGAAAAUUUUCAUAUUUAUUUGAGUAGAAAAAUUACUUACCAGUGAGUCAUAUGUUAUUUUAAAAUACUUUCUUUAAAUAUGGUGAUUCUUAACUGGUUAUGAAUUAGAAAAGCUGGGAGUAAGUGUGCAGUUUCAGUCUCAAUUUUUUCCAUCUUCCCAGGCAUCAUAUGCAUGUUUGUAAUAUUUUUAGAAAAUAACAUUUACUGAUGCUACAGGAAUUUCAAGCCUGUUUUGAAUGUUAGUAUUUCCUAUAGGGAGUGGGGCGGGUUAUAGUUUCAUCAAAUGAGUAUCGCAUAUUAUACUCCAGUGGAAUUCUUUCCUCACAUACUCCUGCAGAUGUCUGGGCCUGGAAAUGUUAUUUUUAAAAGCACCACUUUUAUUAUGUACAAUAAAAUAUUUCAUUAGCUUGAAUUGUAUAGGUUUUUAAAAUUUUUCUCAAUGAAAGCAUGUUAUUUAAUUCCUUUUUAAAAAUCACUGUUGGGCUUUGAACGCAUUGAAAAUAUAUGAAAUUAUGGAAAUUUUGAUUAAAUUAUUUUCUCUAGUUUUAAAAUACAAAUUUUGCCAUGUUGGGAUUCCUAAAGAAAAUGAAUUGGCAAAUUUAAGACAUUUUCAAUAGUCUGAUGAUGACUGUGAACUAAUUAUCAGACGAAUCUUUAAUUAGCUUAGUUGUAUCAGUUGGAUAUUGGUGAGUUUGUAUUCCCUAAAGGCCAGUUGCUUUGUGUCUGUUUUAUGAUCCAGAAUGCUUUCUUGAAAAUACAUCCUGCUAUUUUUAAGGUGAUGUGCAUGUGAAAGGUAAUAUUUGUCAAAUAAUUCAGAGCAUACUUUGAAAAAAUUCUGCAAUAGAAUAAUAGUCUUUUAUGGUCUAAGAUUAGCAUUUUAUUAAGUACAAGAGUGGAAACCCAGCAUGACUAAAAGCUCAGGGAAGUAGUUUUAUUAGGACACAUAAUGUAUGUGUUGAAUAGGCCGAACUGUGGAGGCAAGGGCAGAAUAUCAGGGAGAACAACUGGGAGGCUAUUUCAAUAAUCCAGUUGAGAAAAUACUGGCUUGGCCUGAGGUUUCAUACCUGUAGGCUGUAGAGAUGGCAACUUUUGGAUAUGUGUUAAAGGUAAAAUCAAGAUUGGCCAAAAGACUGGUUAUAGAAUGUGAGAGAAAGACAAUGCCAAGGAUCUGAGGGUUGAAAAAUGAGGGAAGAUUGGGAUAGAAGGGACUGGACAGGAGUUUGGUUUAAGAUUUCAAGGGGAAAUACCAUGUAGCAGUUACAUACUGGAGGCUUUGUGUAGAGGAGUGCUCUGAGUGAGAAUGGGAAACAUAGUUUGAAAGCCAGACAAAAUGAAAGACUCCUCAAGGCCAGUGGUAAUGAAUUUGAAGUGAGAUCAGUAAGUAUAGCUAUUUUUCUUCAGCCAUAUAAAGUUGUUUGGGUGCAGGCAUAGAGCAGAUAAAUUGAAUUUAACCAAGGUGGUAGUUUUGCCAAGAAACUAUAAUUGACCACAUGGGACCAAGGGGGCAAGGUUAUAAUGAUCAUCUGUAGAAUCUAAGCCCUGUAAGCAGAGAAGUGAGGGCUUGACGGGAGGGGAAAAACGGUGAAAAUUGUGGCACAAUCCAUGGAUUGUCAGCAUAAGAAACGUCCAAACCUGUAAAUUUUUGUAAGAUUUUAUUUGAACCAAACUGAUGACAGUUGCCAGGAACAAGAUCUAAAACCCUCCAGAGAAUGGUGGUUUGCAGGUACUUUUAUGCAUUUGAGAUUAAGGAGGGAACUUUUAAGGAAAAUUAUUCAAAGGCAGGAGAAAGCAGGGCAGGGCUGGAUUACCGGCUAGUUAAGAUCUCUUGAGGGCAGUUAUUAUUUCUGGUAUUUCAGAGGUGUGUUAACCUAGUAGAUGCACAAAGAAAAUGGACAGGGCCUGUUUAAGAACCUCUGACUAAAGAAGUUGUAGGCCUGGGGUGUGACCACCCACCAUGACCUGCCCAGCUAGGAAUUUAUGACAUUACAGAAACCCUUUUUCAUCCAUGGUAUGUUUAGAGUUGGGAUACUGAAAGGAAUGAUCUAGGAAUGUAGAAAAUGGUAGCUAGAGUGUGUGGUUCAAAGUGAGAUUUUGAGGAGUUAGUAACAAGUGUGACCAAGGGAGUGAUUGGCUGAGGUGGAGAGAGGAGAGGGAUUCAAGCAACUGUAGAGCUGGAGCCUUGGGUUGCUGUGGACACUGAAGCCAAGAAUUACGGUAAAGUGUGACGUGAGUGAUGUUUUUGUAGACUAUACCUGGAUAUGUACAUUUAUAGUACAUUUGUAUGAAUUAGAUGACUGACACAGGUGUUCAUGAGGCUUUUCCUCAGUCAGGAUUUUGGAAACUAAAGUGAAAACAGGACCAUUCAGUGAAAGGUGUCCUAGAAAUUCUGGUUUAUUACAAAUGUUUCUUUUUUGAUUUUAGAAAAACAUCGAUUUGUUGUUCCACUUAGGCAUUCAUUUACAAAUGUUCUUGGAAAGGGAAGUAAUUAAGGACAACUAUAGAUAAUUCUGUAUAGCAUUUGAGUGACCCUUUCUGUGGUUAAAAUCAUUUUUAACUUAAUAAUCACACCAAGAUCCUUUGAAAAGAUCUUUCAUACAGAUAGUCAGUUUGUGCCUUUGCCAGCUAGUGGGAGUAAAAUACUAAGUCAUAUUUUGCCAGCAGUUAACACAGGUGUUCUGUGUAAUACAUGCAUGUUAUGAAACAUCCUGAGAAGAAUGUGUUUCUAUUCGCUUCUCUAUGGUAGAUUAGUGACAAUGUAAACUUAUUCCUAAAUUAUAGUAUUUUUGGCAUUGAAAUAAACCUUUUAAGGGCAAAUUUUUUUUGUAUAGGCAUUUUCAAAUUUGACAUCGUAUUAUGCAAAAGCUGUUGGCGAAUAUGCAAAAUAUUCAAUUAAAAUUAAAUAACCAGUUAAACUUUUAACAUCUAAUUGAUAUUAAAAACUAAGGUCAUUCGAGAUUAAUUGCACUGUGUUCAGAGGAUUAUUUCAGGCAUUGUGGAGUUAGGAAAAUAUAAGACUAUUUCAUCAAGGUGUCUACAAAGAACUUAAGGGACUACAUAGUGUUUUCUAAAUCUUCAUGUUACAACAUAUCUAGAAAAUGACAUUUGUAAGACACUCUGGGAGAAUUGGAUUGAGGCGUGGACUGGAUAGUGAAAAUCUAAGAAAAUUCCUUGGCAAACAGAAUAGAGAAACAGAGCUGAACACAAUGGCUGAGCAAAUUAGAGCCAGGCGCAAAUGGUCACCAAAUG